AUGGCCAUUCAUCACGUUCAACAAUUCCGCCUCAAGUAAGCAAUAACUGAGGAUGAUGUUGGCCUUGUAUGCCGCCACUCCAACCGGCUGCACCGAAAAUAUGGCCGAGGACCCACUAACACAUCCGUUAACCUCUCCCAUCUCCACGUUCCUAGUCAAUCUGAAUGUAGUCACGAGCCCGAUUUUUGUUCCCUGACUCGGUUACAUGAAAGGACGCAUGCGUUUAUAGGCUUAAACAAGCGGCAAGAACCACCAGCCCUAUGAUAUGCUGUGUAAACUCUCUCGUCACAUUUCAGGACGUUGCAAAUUCGCCUAACUUUCUCCUGGACACAUUUUGACCUACAUUACGACCCUGACUAACUCUACGUACAAACAACUAAGUCACCAUACGACCUCCCCCAGUAAAGUCGGUAAUCAGCUCACCUCGAGUCUGAGUGCUACAAAUGGCAAACAUAUGCUCACGGUGUGUGUCUGGCUAGUGCCGUAAAUAUGAAAGCAAACCCAAGACGUUCAGUCGAACGAGACGGACACGAUGGACAAGUCAAAGUGUGAGAAAGAGUGAAGUCGGCAAGUAAGUUGAAUACGGAGAAAUAAGUCUCAGUAUCUAGGACGAAUGAAUAAUUUUUGUGAAGACAAUUCUACGUGGGACUGAUGCACUGCUGUUGUCUGUGAUAUCAUAUGGGCAUAGCAAAAAAAUAAUGAUGUUAAUAUACUGCGUCGCAUCUAUUCAUACGCAACAUACGGCUAACAUGAGCGUGAGUUCGGAAAGCUGGUUUGUCCGUAAAUAACGCCUAACAUAUAAUAAGCCGUAGUUUAGUUUGUGUAGAGAGUGAAGAGGCAAGUAAGUAAAUUAUUCUACUUAACUUCCUUAAAAAUAUUCUCGUGGAAGUAAGCCUCAAAUCGAAGGAAUCCGGAGGAUUGUGCCGGUUGGCUGUGUUAUGCGCGCACUAUGAGUUCUGCUGAAAGAAGCUCGGAUAUAAAUAAUGCUGCAAAUGCAACUCAGUUAACUAAUAAAUCGUGUGGUUUUAUUACUAUCUCCACUUAAGCGGUCUGUGCGAAGACAAUUCGUAACAUUGCAACGAUUACUAGUGGUAUGAUUACGGCCGCCACUAUUACACUCUGGGUAACGUCACUAUAAGCGAAACUGUUAAUAUCUGUGCCGGUAGCACAUCCGUCAGUACAACGGCAACUGUAAUGUUACCCUUACUGCUACCACAAGUGGUAAAACAGUCCGUUUAUGAAAUACUGCAGUAGAAAAAAACUCUGAAAUUAUUACGGCGGCGGCAACUACUGACAAGGAAUUGACCAAUGAAACUGGGUCUGUUUCUGUUACGGUAAAUGGUGUAGGCUGUCGUGGAAUUCAAUACGACUAAUAGUAAUAUCAGUAUGACUACUCAAGCAGAUGCAUCUAUUAGAACUUCAUACGGAAACUAUCAGUACUAAACUUAGUAUUGCUACAACUGCAGCAACCAUUUCCACAGAGCGAUGCGAUUAGUAGUAAGUCUGAUGAUAAAACUACCCCUACGGAUCAUACGACGACUGCUGUCACUAAAGAAGGGGCUGUUUCUGAUACUAAGGCACAUGUAUGUGCGCUUAAGGUAAGGGAGGUAGCUGGACCUGUCCAUACUUAAGCCCAUACAACUACGUUACUACAAGGACGGAGAUCAUAACUGGUAAUUUGCGGAUAUCUAUCCCCAUACUUUCGCGGGAUUAUAGAGUGUCUAAUUGAUUCCCAUUGUCCAAUAAAAAUAACAAGACCAUGUUCGCGACCGCCGUGGGUCAAUUCGACGACAAAAAAGACCAUGAAAAAGAAACAGAGACUGUGGAAAAAGUAUUUACAACUUCGAGAUCCAAGGCCAUUCGCCGAAUAUAAGGAUCAGCGCAAUAAAUGCCGCAAACAAAUACGGGUUGCUAGAACUUCUUUCGAGCGCCGACUCAUAGCAGAAUCCAUUACAUGUCCCAAGAAGUUUUACGGGUACAUCCGCAGUAGGAGGAAACAUAGGGACGAAAUUGCGUGUCUAAAGGAUAGCCUCGGAAACUUAUUAGUUGAAGGGCCACAGAAAGUGCGAUUACUGUCUCAGUUUUUUCAAUCGGUUUUUACGGAGGAGUCCUUAGAAGACAAUCAGCAGUUUGAAAUGGACCGAGACAGCCAGGAGCUUCAAAUGCGCCAAGAUAUUGCCGUCAUUGAAACCGUUGUCUUUUCCGUUGAAGAAGUCAGACGCGUCCUCAGUCAAAUAAAACCUGAUAAGUCUCCUUGACCCGACGAAAUUCCCGGACUAAUACUUAAGGAGCUAUGAACGGAGCUGUCAAAGCCUCUUUCGACUCUCUUUGAAAUGUCAAUGAGAACAGGAAGGCUGUCCUCACAGUGGAAGACAGGUAAUAUCGUUCCAUUGCAUAAGGGAGGUAGCAGGAGGACAGCAAGCAGCUUUAGGCCUAUUAGCUUAACUUGCCUCCCUUGCAAAACGGUGGAAGCUUUAGUAAAGAGCGCAAUACAGCAGUUUUGUGAAGGAAAUAACAUCUUGCAGGAUUUUCAACAUGGCUUCCGGAGAGGAAGUUCCUGCCUCUCAAAUCUGCUAGCUUGUCUGGAGAUCUGGACCAGGGCUCUAGAAGAGGGUUUUGAGGUCGAUGUCGUGUACAUAGAUUUCCGCAAAGCUUUUGACACUGUCCCGCAUCAACGCCUUCUCCACAAAUUGAGCACCAUCGGCAUCCGGGGAGAUCUUCUGAACUGGAUUAGGGCGUUUCUGGUUGGUCGGAAACAACGUGUCUGUAUCGGGGAUGAUAUAUCAGAAUGGGUGAAUGUGACCAGUGGUGUGCCGCAAGGCUCAGUUCUGGGACCAUUGCUCUUCAUCCUUUACGUUAACGACAGCCUUCAGGAACUCGACUGCGGCAAAAUAAUGUUUGCAGACGACGUUAAGCUCUGGCAAGUCAUUAAGGGUCCGAAUGAUCAGAGAUCCCUUCAAGAUAAUCUGCACCGACUGCAAGCGUGGUCGAAGAAAUGACUUCUAGAUUUCAAUGUGGAGAAGUGUGCCGUCCUUCAUCUGCGUCCAACCAACUCUCAUUCAAAUGAGAGCCUGAGGACAUAUCACUUGAAAGAUAUAAGGCUCCCCACAGAAUCUUCACAGAAGGAUCUCGGGGUUUGGAUACAGAACAACCUGAAACCAACACUGCAGUGCCACAAAGCUGCAAAAAACGCCAUGGGAGUGCUGCAUGCAAUAAAAAUGGCUUUCAUAACCUUUGACCAAGACCUUUUUGGGAAAGUCUACGGCACCUUUGUUCGGCCCCACUUAGAAUAUGGCAUACAAGCAUGGCGGUCAUGGCUAGUAAAGGACCAAGCAUGCCUCGAACGAGUACAAUGUCGUGCAACAAAGCUGGUAAACGGUCCAAAAAGCCAAUCCUACACAGACAGACUAAACUGUCUUAAUUUAUUCCCUCUGUGUUACAGACAGCAAAGAGGUGAUUUUAUCCUCGUCUGCAAGAUAAUACAUGGCCUUGAGCAUGGACUUAAAUUUGCGGACAUGUUGCAGUGGCACCUUUCACCCAAUCUUUCGUGGUCACUCGAUGAAGUUACGGACACCAAUGUCCAGGCUGAAUCUUCGUUCUGAAUUUUUCACGCAGAGGGUAGUGGAGAAAUGGAACGAUCUCCCUCAGUCAGUCGUGGAGGCUACGUCUCUGCAAUUCUUCAAGAAACGCUUGGAUGAUUAUUUGUGUCCCCUGUUUUCCCUCGACAGUCUGAAUCUGAACUAAGACCCCACGUCCCCACAAGUAUUUUCUCUGAGACAAUGCUACUCAAAUGAAUCAAGUACUGUUUUAAUAGUGAAUAUUUUUUGUUUGUGUACAGUUAUUUCUAACGAGCUGACAUGUAAUCAAUAGGGUUUUCAAAGGCUUUGCCUAUUGACUUACCAAAUAAACUGAAUAAACUGAAAAACAUAGACUACUGCAUCUAAUUCUGCCAUGCGUAGUUCUGUUACUUCCUCCUGCGCGACUACUGAAACCGCUAUUUAUAUUGCUUUUUAGACUACACCCGCAUUUACUACUAAUACUGCGAUGACGUCUGCUACUGUUAUAUCCCCAAUUAGUAUGACGCCAGUUCUGUGCGGAAUAGAAGACAGACAGGAUAGGAGAGAACAGCUUUACUGCGUCAGUCACCCUGCGUACAUCAACUCUUAAUCCUUCCGUCCGCGGCUUCGUAUUUAAGGGUUCAGCCUUCGUCUGGUUUGCGUGUUCCUACUGGUCCUGUCCUGAGCGCCCGCAUGGGCAGGCGCUCGUGUAUGACUCAGCGGCGUGUAAAUGUCUGGCUCGCAUGUGGGCUUUCUAGGCGAGGCUGUCCGGCGAGUUUGCGGUUCUUUGUCAGGCGUGAACCCCGGACGACUGGAACGGUGCGUCGUGUUCUGGGCCGUCCUAACAGCUACAAACUCUGCUACCGUGACAGAUGCUAUUGCUAUCGCUACCAGUACAACCACUAUUAUCAAUGGCCGUUACUACUACUACUACUACUACUACUACUACUACUACUACUACUACUACUACUAAUAUCAGCAUGAUUAUUGCGAACAAUACUGCAGUAACUGACAGCGCAACCAGUACUGCUACUACCACGUCUACUACUCCCAUGGCUUCUCGGCAUGUAAUGCCGCAAGAGCUCUAGGUACUGCUCAAGGUUGCAUCCAUAACAUCGAGAUAGAAGUCAUCUGGCGCACGUACUACUUCCAACAUCAGUAAAACAUUAAGGAAUUACGUCCCUGCUGGUAUCAAUACGAAUACUUGAUCAGUAGCAAGUGCAAAGUCUACGGCUUUUAAUAGUACAACUAAUACUGCAGUGGUUACUACCCAAGUAACUGUCACUGCUAAUGGUUAUGAAUCUAGUACUACCGCUUAUAUCAAUGAUACUCUUAAAGAAAUGCAAGACUGUGGCUGCUGUUAAGGCUUAAGAUAAGAGUAUGGUUAGUAAAUCCGCCAAAACACCUACGAAAUCAGAUAUUUUUGUAUAAACGAAAACUGCUACUAUUACUAAUUUCACCCCGCCAUUACUGUCAAUUUUAUUACGUGUGAUAACGGAUGUGGUAAAAAUAUAACAAGUUCCACAGCUAGAACUACUGCUACUCAACCAUUCUACUGCCACAACCACUACAACGUAGUAACCUACUGCUGCAGCUCGUACUAUCACUAAAACCACAGACAAUGCUAUUGCUGCAAACACUACGUCUGGUAAUGUUACCAAUACCGCUAUUCCUGCUACUAUUAGUAAUGUCACUGACAUAACUAUUUCCACGAAAACUACUGAAAAUGCUACACAUCUAAAUAAUAAUUUUACGACUGACAGAAGUACGAAAAUUACUUUGAACUCCACUAGUUCUGCACGUAGCACGACAGCAGUGACCACCGGUACUAGUAAGUCAGUUAUAAGCAGUACAGUCACAGUCAAGUUUACUAAAUUUAGGCUAGCUACUGCGGCUACUUCUGGUGCCUGUUUGGUCGCCACCACAAUCACUAGUCGAAAGCAUCUGGGAAUUGCAAGCCUAGUACAGCUGCCAGGGAAAAAUAUUAGCAGUGGUACUGCUACCACUGCGACUGAUAGUAACACGAAUACUUCCACUACAGCUACUACUACUACUACUACUACUACUACUACUACUACUACUACUACUACUACUACUACUACUACUACUACUACUACUACUACUACUACUACUACUACUACUACUACUACUACUACUACUACUACUACUACUACUACUACUACUACUACUACUACUACUGUUAUCGCCACUGCUAA